CCGUCCUUUUUCUCAAAUGCUACUCAACAACAGUCAUAUUCCUCUUUUAUAUCUUUUGCGCUUUAUUCCACUUCUCUUUCUCGAAAAAGCUCAUCGUCUAAAGGCUAGAAUGGCACUCUCAAAGGUAAUCGUUGCUCUAAUGUUGGCUUUGGUGGUUGGAUCUGCAUUUGCUCAGGCACCAGGAGCAUCUCCGGCAGCUUCUCCGAAGAGUUCUCUACCACCGGUAGCAUCGUCGCCUCCAGUGGCGACUCCUCCAUCUGCAGUAACACCUGUCUCUGCUCCUACAAAUGCUCCUACUACUGCUUCUUCUCCAUCUGAAUCUCCAUUGGCAUCUCCUCCAGCUCCACCAACCGUCGAUACUCCGGCAUCAUCUCCUUCCGGUGGUGCUGCUCCUCCAUCCAUCAGUGCCUCUCCCAGCGGUUCUCCUACCUCAUCUCCCAACUCUGCUUCCUUGAACAGAGUUGCCGUCGCCGGAUUUGCUGUUGUAGCUAUUUUUGCUGCUACUUUGAUGCUUUAAUUCUCUGAUCUGGAGCCUUGUAUGACAAGAAAGUGCCAACGAAACUCAAAGGUAGGUUCUAUAGAGCGGUGUUAGACCGACCAUGUUGUAUGGGGCUGAGUGUUAGAAAGCCAAGAAUUCUCAUACCCAAAAGAUGAAAGUGGCAGAAAUGAAGAUGUUGAAAUGGAUGUGCGGGCACACUUGGAUAAGAUUAGAAAUGUAGAUAUUAGGGAGAAGGUGGGUGUGGCUCCCAUGGACGACAAGAUGCGGGAAGCAAGGAUUAGAUACUUCAGGCACGUGUGGAGGAGAAGCAUAGAUGUCACGAUUAGGAGGUGUGAGCGGUUAGCAUUGGAAGGUACGAGGAUAGGUAGAGGACGUCCUAAGAAGUAUUGGGGUGAGGUGAUCAGGCAGGACAUGGUGUGACUACAGAUUUCCGAGGACAUGGCUCUGGAUA